CCAAAACGUAUAACGAAAAUAAACAAUAAUUGGAUAUAUAUUGUUUAAUUAUGGGAAAAACAUCAAAAGACAAACGAGAUAUAUAUUAUCGACGAGCAAAAGAAGAAGGAUGGAGAGCAAGAAGUGCUUUCAAAUUGCUCCAAAUAGAUAACGAGUGUCACAUUCUAGAUGGAGUGAAUAAAGUUGUGGAUUUGUGCGCUGCACCUGGUAGUUGGAGUCAGGUUUUGUCACGAAGAUUAACCGAAAACUAUAAAAAAGCUUUGGAGAAUGGUGAUGCAACACCACCAAAAAUAAUUGCAGUUGAUUUACAAGCUAUGGCACCAUUGGAAGGAGUGAUUCAAAUUCAAGGAGACAUUACUAAUAUUAACACUGCGAAGCAAAUUGUUUCACAUUUUGACAAUGAACAAGCUGAUUUAGUUGUGUGCGAUGGUGCACCCGAUGUUACAGGCCUACAUGAUAUGGAUAUUUAUAUUCAAUCUCAAUUAUUACUGGCAGCUCUAAACAUUACUACACAUAUACUAAGGCAAGGAGGCACAUUUGUAGCAAAAAUAUUUAGAGCCAAAGAUGUAACGUUAUUAUAUGCUCAAUUAAAAAUAUUUUUCCCUUAUGUUUAUUGCACGAAACCUAGUAGUUCUCGUAAUUCUAGUAUCGAAGCAUUUGUAGUCUGUAAAGAUUAUUCUCCACCAGAAGGUUAUAAACCUCAUAUGUUGAAUCCUCUUUUAACUCAUAAGCCGUGCGAUUUUGAUGAGCUUACUGGAGUUAACAGGCUCAUUGUUCCAUUCGUUGUUUGCGGAGAUCUUAGUCAACCUGAUUCUGAUACGUGUUAUCCGCUGGAUUUCGAGGGGAAAGAAUACACGUACCACGAGCCGGUACAGACACCGAUUGCUCCACCGUAUCAAGAAGCACUGGAUUUGUUGGAGGACAGAGAUACCGAUUUCAGAAGGUCUGAUGUUAAUGUUGUGGUAGAUAAUCUAAAUUUCAUGACCAUAUCAGAUAUUAAAAAACAAGCUAAACAGAGACAUAUCCAGAAAACUGAAAGCAAAGCAAGCAAAUCACAAGAUAGUAAAAAAGAUGAUAGCAGCGAAGAUAUGUCGGGGCUAGAUCAGUUAAUGUCUUUCGACUUAUUCCAUGAAUCUAAUAAUUAAGA